AAGCAAGGCAAGAUAAUAUUUUUUUUCUUUUCUUCUUCAGAAUUCCUCAACUGUUGUUGUUUCUUUCUUGGUUUUGGGGUUUCAAAAAUGGCAGCAAGGAAGAUGUUUUUUGGUUCAAAACCAAGAUAUAUCUACCCAACCAUGGAAUUUGACGAUGGGAACAACCCUUCAUUGGAUCAUCAUCAUAAUCUGUUCGAUUUUGAUGAAGAUGAUGUAUGGAACAAUUCAAAUGAUCAAGCGACGGCCAACUCGGAACCCAAGAAGCCCUUGCCCAGUUCACGAGCUUUGUCUAAGAAGGUUUCCAAAAAGAUGGAGAUUCAGAUUAGUGAUAAGAAUAAAUACAGGGGUGCCCAAAUGGCAGCUGCUUCAGCUUCAUUGCCGGUCAACAUCCCGGACUGGUCCAAGAUCCUCCAAGCGGAAUACAUAGAACACGGGAAGACCGAUGAAGAUGUCGUCGGAGAAGACGACGGUGAUGGAGACGGAAGGGUUCCGCCGCACGAGUACUUGGCUAGGAGAAGAGGAGCUUCGUUUUCCGUUCAUGAAGGAAUUGGAAGGACUUUGAAAGGAAGAGAUUUGCGUCGUGUUCGAAAUGCUGUCUGGAAAAAAACAGGUUUUGAAGAUUAACAGUAAAAAUAAAACCCAGAUUUGGUUUUGAUAUCUUCUUUUAUUUAUUUAGACCAUGAAAUGGCAAAUUUUUAAUUGCCAUAUCUAUCUAUACUUGAAUUUUCUUCUCUGAUUUUCACAAUCAGAGGAUGUUUUUCUUCUGUUUUGGCAUAAUGUAACUAUUCAAGUAUGGAUGAUGAUGAUGAUUUCAACUCAUUUAAACGGGUA